AUGUAUUCACACAGUUCACUCUUUUACACAACGACACGAAAAACGUCCACCUACAUUCAACAGAAAAUAUGUGAAGGUUGGGAAGUUGAUUGCUGCGCUGCUAAUGUUCUUAUUUAUGACUUUCCAAUAUCAAUGAUUUGGGUUUUCUGCGAUUCACUCUUUUUAUUACCAAAAAAUCUGCAUAAGCUUUUGGUAAUGAGCAAACACAAAACGAGAGGAAGAAAAAAAAAUGACUGA